AUGGCACCAGCACCGUCCUGGUGGCACUCGUCGGUGAUAAUAGCUUACACCCCCGCACCGAUCAUAAGCAAACUUGACCUCGUGCCAGACACAAGUGCCCGGGCACCACCUCCUGCCUGCCUCGCCCUGCCCGAUUCGCUGCGACCUCAAGGGCCUCCACGUGGCACCCUUGCAACCCGAAGAAGACUUGUCUGGCGAGCAACCCCCGCCCGGAGGCACCAGCGAGGACCUUGUGAUCGCGCGAUGCAUCUCGAGGACUACACCAGCAGCCACGCUGGCUCCCCCGAGCCCCUCAUACCCUCACAGCUGACCUCUUGCGACCUUGGCGGCCUCAUCAGUCCUCUCGGGGAAUCUCCUCUCUCGGGGUCGCCUCUGGGGCCUCCGGCAGCGUUUUCACCGCCGACCAUCAGCGUGGAGGCGCCGCAGGAGUCGGCCGGAGGAAACUCGACGUCCCUUCUGUCGACGGCCAUCACGGGCGCCCUCGGACUUCACGGAGACCUCUACCUGGCGGGGGACGAGUGGCCGCCCUCCCUGGAGAACCUGCUGACGGCGCUGCCCAGCAGCUCCUCGCUCCCUGAGCUGGUGGUGACGGACCCAAGGCCCACGGAGGCCUCCAUGUUCUCCUCCCCCAUGGCGCCCCAGCAGCCUUCCUCGGGGCUCCUGGACCUGCCACAGAGCGAAGGACUAGAUCUCUACCUGGGAGGCACCAGGUGCUCGGCGUCCCCCAUGAGCGUGUCCCCGGGCGGCUCGUCCCUGCCCUCCCCCUUCACCUCCGCGCGCGGCUCCUUCAGCUCCACGCGGCGCAACAAGCGGCCCUACUCCUCGUCGCCCAUGAACGUGGACGGCCUCGACCUCAACACCAUCAUCAGGUCGUCGCCCACCUGCCUCAACGCCGGGUCCCCGACGCCCACCACCCAGGCGCCGCCCCUCUCCUUCUCGCCCACGGGCGGCAGCUACGGCCACAUCCUCCCGCGCCCCGAGGCCAACAACAACCAGCCGCCGCGCCCCAACCUCACCUUCCAGGCCCUCCUCACCGACGAGGAGGUCCUCAAGGCCAAUAACAACAACAACCACAUCAACGCCUUCCACGCGCAGAAGGUGGAGCUCAAGUGCGAGCCCGACGAGCAGCAGGGGUCGCCGCAGCACCACGACCCCCAGCACCAGGACGGCGAGGAGGGGCGCCCCGGCAGCCCCGGCGAGGAGGACGGCCCCAGGUUCUGCCGCUGGGUGGACUGCAACGUGUACUUCCCUUCGCGCGAGAGCCUGUCGCGACACAUCGAGAAGGCGCACAUCGACCAGAGGAAAGGGGACGACUUCACCUGCUUCUGGGCGGCCUGCCAGAGGCGCUACAGGCCCUUCAACGCGCGCUACAAGCUGCUCAUCCACAUGCGCGUCCACUCCGGCGAGAAGCCCAACAAGUGCACGUUCAAGGGAUGCACCAAGGCGUUUUCGCGACUGGAAAACCUCAAGAUUCAUCUCAGAAGCCAUACAGGCGAGAGGCCCUAUAUUUGCGGUUAUCCUCACUGUAUGAAAGCUUUCUCGAACUCUUCAGAUCGCGCCAAGCAUCAACGGACUCAUGUGGAUGCUAAACCGUACGUGUGCUCCGUGCCGGGCUGUAAGAAGCGCUACACGGACCCGUCCUCGCUCAGAAAACACGUCAAGAACCAUUCGGCCAAAGAGCAGGCGCUGGCCAAGAGAAAGAUGCGCUCGGGCGAUGACGAAUAUCGGGGAUCUUCGCCCGGCUGCAUCAUGGCUGGGAUGCCCCUGGACUCCGAGGCGCCUCUCAUGGAGCACGACGCCCUCCAGCACAGCGAUAGUGUCGUCCCCGAGUGCGGGUCCCAAGGAUGUGGUGCGCUUCAGUCUCCGGUGCCACGUGCUCUCCCGCAGGCCCUCGGGGGAGAGCUCCCAGAUGGCACUCGGAUUGCCGGAGACUUUAGUGCCCGAGUUCUCCCAGGAGGACCUCGACGCGUGGGUCAGCAUCUUCUGAGCUACCAGCAGCAGCAGCAGCAGGCGGAGAUGGUGGGCAGUGACAUGGUCAUGUACGGACGAGAGCCUCAGCUUCCGCAGCAGAUGCAGGGCAAGAUCGUGGUGGCAGGGGAGGCGCCGCAGAUGUUGUACGGCCAGCACUCGCCGCCGCCGCCGACGCAGCAGCAGCAGCAGCAGAUGCUCCAGAGGACCGAGGGCUCACAGCACGUGUACGACUCCCCUCCGCCUCCCUACUGCCAGGCCUACCCUGUCACCCAGGGCGCCACCGCCUCCCCCAGCAUCCCCCACUAUUCCAUGAUCACGUCCCCCGCCGUCCUCCCCUCCUACCAGUCGCCCAUCUACACGCACCAGCAGCCUGCGUUGCAACUCAAUCAACAGCUCUCCCCGUAUUCGACGCAACAAGGGACUUGAAAUAUGAGUUCCGCCUCGGUGUCGAUGCUCUGCCGGUGGGGUAACUCUGAAACAGUUAUCUUGCUGCCCUCAGAAACGGGAGGAACGAGGCCAAAGGUCGAUUAUGCUCACCCAUGACAUUCGCGACUGCUUUUCGGCCCAAUAAACUAUACCAGUGGAGGAAAAGCGUCUGGAGGUUUGCUUACGGGCGCGCCUCGCACUUGAUGCCUCAGACCUAAACCAUCGAAUUGGGGGGUGGGGGGGUAAAUUAUUACUGUUCUUGUACACAAAUAACGUGAAAGGACAAUUGGGUUACACUACUUAUAGUAACACAAUAUUUCUUCUUUUUUUUUUUGUCUUUUUUCCCGUUGACAUUUUAGUCGCCAGACACUCAAAACACUGGAAGUAAAACUGUUGGUAACGGAGAGUCCUCUACUGACUGCCUUGGAUCUUGUCUAAGGGAUGUGGUGCUACUUUGAUGUGUUAAUUGAAAUGGUUUAUUCAGUUCUCAACGACGGCAACUUGAGGUUGUAAAUGCAGCGUUUGUGAGAUAGUUGUUAUUGAAUUAUUAGCGACUUCGGUUGGGUCUUCAGUCAUAGAAAUUUCAAGUGGUUGUUUUCUGAAUCCCCAAAUAAAUGUUAGGUGAUUUGAAUUAGCAAGUGUGUGCGUAUGUGAGUGUGAAAUAAAUAAUGCCAAAGAGUGUGCCCAAGAAAUAACUAAAAUGGAGCGACAGGUUUUAUAUUACAAGCCACUUGAAGUCAAUUUGCAGAAAGAGUCGUUAACCGGCGAAUAUAUUCUAUGCUGUAUUCCUGACGCGUAAAUUAAAAUAUUUGUCGCCUUUUUGUCAUAAUUAGAAAACGAAAAAAAAUAUCUGCAAGGUUUUUGUACUUAAAGAUAAGAAAAAUGUCUUCCAAAUCGGUGCUACGUCCAAUAGUUUAGAUUUUCCUACAUAUAUUUUAGACAAAAUCUAUUCAUUUUCAAGUCGUUUUAUCCAGCCAAAACUUGCCUUUUGAUAUCUCUUUUUUUUAUAAAUCACCAGCGUUACAGGAAUCCUAACAAAUCACUCUCAAAGUAGACAGCUUUUCUUGUCACAAAGGCAUCGUUAGUUUGGUUUCGGGCCCAAUGUGGGAACAUGCAAUAACACAGGGGGUGAAGUGUGGCUUAGCUAAGGCAAAUCACGUUAGUUUUGAAUGCUGAAGAGACGCUGUGUUAGAGUAUUGUUAACAGAUAACUAACAUUACUGCGUCACAGACAUUUUUUUUUCUGUACGUUUUUCGUGACGGAGAGGAUAUAUUACAGGUGCAAUAAUAGGCGUUUUUUUCCCUUUGUAAUAGACUAUGAUUUGCCUUUGCCAAGACACUUACCCUUCCUGUGCUCCAGAUAGUCAAUGUUUAGUAUUAUUCUUUUAAUGUGUACAUAGAGUACAAAUGUUCUUUCUGUGUAAACAUCAUGUAUAUGUUUAGUGUAUAAGUAAUUAUGAUUACAAGAUUAUUUAUUAUUUAUAUAAUGUGCCGUGAUACGUUAAGGGGUCAGAAGUGUAAAGGUUGUUGUAUUUAUGUUCUGUGGCGGUCUUUGUGUCUUGAAACUCACAGAAAACAAUAAGAAAUAUAUAGAUGGAACCAAUAGGCUCUAACACACUUGAGAAUGUCUAUCGUACGUAGUUAUUUACGUGCCUCUCCUACUUUUAUCAUCCGUAUCCCUUAACUCUCGAUAUUUUUCAUAUUUCUCCGACUUCUUUUCUUCACUAUUCGAGGUUCCAAAAACUCAUCAGUGCUUUCAUUAGGAUUAGAUUUUCUUUGUUUAACUCAUUCAUUACGUGGCCAGUGACUUUUAGAUUAUUUUUGUAAAUGUGGUGAUGUUUGUUGUAAUAGAUAGGCUUUUUGUGAUAAUGAAUUAAACAGUUGGAUUAAUAA